AUGCCAUCAUCGUCAAAAUACAGCACAUCGUCACCUUCUCGAUCAAGGUUGGAAGCGGAAUUGCAAGAAGCUACAGAAGAUAGAGAUUGGAAUAGAGUUCAUGAACUUUCUGAAAGACUAGCUUCAAGUACUAGAAAGUCAUCUUCAACGUCCAGUGGGCAAUCCAGGAAGAAACCUGAUUCUGACCAUGAUGUUAACAUGAACAGACCUACCAGAACCCAUUUUCGUCGAUCGGAUGAUUCCAGUUCUUCCUCUGGCGAAUCAUUCAGUAUUGGUGAAUCACUCUUGAGUGGUCUGUUCACCGGGCUUGGAGUGGCUGCUGGCGCUUCGAUCUUCAGCUCAUUGACUACGCCUAGGUAUGAGUGCAGCACCUUUAGUUUACCGAUAGUGAGGACAAGAACUGUUGUUUAUAAACCAGUACGGAGAUACUGGGUAUGA